UUUCUAAAUCCUAUAAUAUGUAUAUUUUAAUACCUAAGACAUAAUUUGAGUAUAGCAUUCAAUAUUUCACUCUAGUAGAACCUAACCACUUUUGACGUUGCAGAUGCCUGCGUGGCGUAAUGGUUAGCGCAUUUGACUUCUAAUCAAAAGAUUCCGGGUUCGAGUCCCGGCGUGGGUUCUUUCUUGCGGAUUUAGCUCAGUUGGGAGAGCGUCAGACUGAAGUUACACUCCAGUCCCAGUUAAUCUGAAGGUCCUGUGUUCGAUCCACAGAAUUCGCAUACUUUUUUGUCACUGUUGACACUUGAGUACUUUGAACGUUGUGUAACCGCAUUUUAGCGAUGGCUGCGCACCGUUUAAAUAAUUGACAUCAAUACCUCAAAAACAAACCUAACAACUGUCACCAUGGAUAUAUCCAGCUUGGCGUUUCCUUAUACCCAAGCCGAAAACACCAGCGUGACCCUCAAUCGACUAGUGUUAACCGACGAUGCCGAUAAGCUAAGAUACGUUUUUGGUCUUGAAGGUGACAAUGCAUCAAAACGAUGCACCUUCAUUUAUAAACUUGAAACUGCCACCCAAUUGAAGAUUAAUGAACCCUUGACGUACAUAGACAAUGUGUCCGUCCACAAGACUUCGCCGUUGUUGGUCCGGUGUGAUCCAGUCUUCCACAAGAUGAAGUUGGCAUUAUCCUUGAAAUACACCUCAGAUAACGAGGGGAAGUCUCUUCUAAUAGUAAAGACAAAGGGCCAUAACGACGACUCCGAACACUUAAGGAGGCUAUUGGAGUCAGGUGUGACUCACAGUUCUGAAAUUGAGAUCAGCAAGCUCGAUUUUGAUAGCUUGCCGUUGGAUAAUACUGUUCAAGAUGCUCAAAAGAUAGUUAUUAAUGAUAGCUACGAUGCCAACAACUUCAAUGGCCAGUCGAUGAACGUGUUUUUGUUUGAGUUUAAGGAUCACAUCUACUCGUAUGCUUUGAGUGUCAAACUCUGGAUAAAUAAAUUGGAAACUGCAGAACUGCCAAAGAAAGUGCUGGUCAAAACACCCACCUCAAAUGCCCUUCAACUUUCCGACUACAGAGCUGCGUUUAGCUUUGUCCUUGAUGAUGGUCCUGAGUUUCGGGCUAUUUUAAACAAGUAUGAGCAAUCAAUACCCAAUGUUCAGAAGAACACCAUCCAGUUAAUCGAUGAGCUUAAGACCAUGGAGACCAACUUGAAACGGCUCGUGGCGAGUAAACGGAAAGUGGUGGAGAUAAUUGACGGGCUCACGAACCAGAACUCGGUGCUUGCAACGUUCAAAAUUAAGGACGAACUACGCCUGAAACUCAAUAAGAUAUUCACUCCUUUUGAGCUGCAAUUAUCAUUCUUUCUAGAACAAGUGUGUGAAAAACGGCUUCUCAAUAAGAUCAAGCUGAUUUCAACAUUUGAGGAUGAAAAGAACGAAUUGAACAGUUUAAAGAAGAACUUUGAGCACGAUUCUAAGGAAUUCUACAACUGGUUGAAGAAGUACUUAUCUAACGAAAAGGGCCGCCCGGAGCUGAAACUAUUACUUAAAAGGAAGAAGUUUGAGUUGUCUAAAUUUGACUAUCUCAACUACUUGAACAACUUUUCUAAUAACCAGUACAUUAACGAGUUUUAUGAAAACCUUUUCAAGUUUUUGUCCAUUGACUUGGCGAAUAUCCCAAAGGACCUAAGCAAAGUGGGCUUGACUGAUUAUCACAACAUCUACCUAAAUGUGUUGUUGAAGUUCAACUCAGAGAAGUACCAGUUGCGACAGAUGAUUGAAAGCUGUAGUUCCAAUGAUGACUUGACCAACGUCAUCCGGUAUAAUAGCCUAACCGUCGACUCAGCUUCAAAUGAUGAUAUUAAGGUGACUUCCGAUAACUUAGACUUGAUAUUUUCCCCAGUACUGCCAUCACUUACCACAACAACAACUGUUUCAAUGAAUCCCGACUCUCCACUGGAAGACUCUGCUGAGAAAUCGGGUAUUUUGUAUGCGUUGGGAGGGAAAGGAAAGCAGGGAUGGCACAAAGAAUGGGUGGUUGUCAAAAACGGUGAACUCAAAGAGUAUAGUGACUGGCGAACGGGAAAUGCUCCAAUAAACACACCUAUUCAAAUCGCUUUAUCAAAUGUGAAGCCAACUACACAUGACAAAAGACAAUACUGCUUCGAAAUCUUCACAUCCUCUGGAAACAGGUAUAUUUUCCAGGCUAUUAAUGAACAAGAAAGAGAUCAAUGGAUCAAAGUUUUGGAUAAUGCCAGGCUCCUGGUGAACACCGACAAGUUAAAGGAGAAUUUGAGUCCCAAAGAGCACUCAAAGCUCAGCAAGAAGCUUAACUUGAAGCUUGACAAGCCAAAACCUAUCGAAUCAGGCGCAGCUCCAUCCAAAUCUCCCAUUUCUGUUGUUUCAAGUGCUGUGAUUCCAAAUGAUUAUUACAAAGCCGUGAGAUACGUUCCUGACAGUGAUAACAACAUUUGUGCUGAUUGUGGAUCUCUAGAAUCUGUUGAAUGGGUAUCUAUAAAUUUUUUGGUUGUACUUUGCAUCAACUGCUCAUCGUGUCACCGCAGUAUGGGGUCCCAUAUUUCCAGAGUGAAGUCCUUGAAAAUGGAUAACUUCAACCGAGAAACAGAAGUACUCUUGACCUACAUCAACAACCAUUUACACAACAAAUACUUGCAAAGUACACACAAGACACCGUCGUUUGCUGAUUAUGAGGAAAGACUUGAAUUUAUCCAAAAUAAGUACAUUGACAAGAAGUACGCUCAGAGUGUGGACGGGAUUAAUGAUUUACUUUUCAAAUCGGUUAGGGCUAUUAGUGUUGAAGACACAAUAAAAUGUGUCCUAUUAGGAGCUGACGUGAACUUGAAGGUACUGCUUGGGGAUAAGGGUAAUAAAAUCCUUUUAUUUGAGUAUUCCUUGAGAAAGUAUUUGACAGUAGAAACUGAUAGUUCACCCACCAAAAUUUUUGUCAUCUCCGAAUUUCUCGUGUUAAAUGGCUGCAAAAUCAACAGUGUAAACCGAGACUUAGAACUAUCAGAAGAAGCAUUUGACUUCUGGAGUAGCAAAUACUCUAAAAUAGCAUAACCAGCAAGAGGUUUUUUAUGAAGUUAAUGAAAUUGAAACAGUUUGGGUGGCUGCGAAAAA